AUGGCUGGUCAAGUUGCGCACGCAGAGAUGGGGAAUAAUCCAAACUACUACCGGCUGUUAAACUUGGAGAGCAAGCAGCGUGAACCCUUACUCCCGGCUUCUGAGGUGAAGCAGGCAUAUCGGCGUGCACUCUUGCAAUACCACCCGGACAAGAACAAGACUGGCGCGAAGAAGACAGGAGUGACUGUCGACGACAUAGCGCUUGCUUACAAGAACCUCUCCGACCCGGCGCUGCGAGCAGAGUACGACCGCUGGCUGCAAUCUGUUGCUGAGGAUGUUGACCCUGCGACUACCCCCCGGCCACGCCAUACUGGGCUCGAGACGGUCGACUUGGACGAUCUUGAAUAUGAUGAGGCGUUCAGCCUAUGGACUCGAGGUUGCCGCUGCGGCGAUGCGAAAGGCUUCUCUGUCUCUGAAUCUGAGCUCGAGCAGCAGGCCGACGAAGGCGAGAUCAUCGUUGGCUGCAAAGGGUGCAGCUUGUGGUUGAGGAUACUGUUUGGGGUUGAGGGUUGA